CGCCCCGGCGCAGGCAGGUCCAGUCUCUACCCGCGGCGCACGUGGAUGACGUAACAAGCGCGCGCGACGAUUCCAGGUGCUCUGUGGCCGCGAGUGCGUCUUCCACGAACCUAAUUCAUCUCUCCAGCAAAGGACACCUGCAGAGAUGUCCCCAGUCCUUCACUUCUAUGUUCGUCCCUCUGGCCAUGAGGGGGCAGCCUCUGGACACACUCGAAGGAAACUGCAAGGGAAACUGCCACAGCUACAGGGCGUCGAGACUGAACUGUGCUACAAUGUGAACUGGACAGCUGAGGCCCUCCCCAGUGCUGAGGAGAUGAAGAAGCUGAUGUGGCUGUUUGGUUGCCCGUUAUUGCUGGAUGAUGUUGCUCAGGAGUCCUGGCUCCUUUCUGGCUCCAGUGACCUGCUGCUGGAGGUUGGGCCCAGGCUGAACUUCUCCACUCCAACAUCUACCAACAUCGUGUCAGUGUGCCACGCCGCUGGGCUGGGGCCUGUGGAUCGUGUGGAGACCACCCGGCGCUACCGGCUCUCGUUUGCCCACCCUCCGUCGGCUGAGGUGGAAGCCAUUGCUCUGGCUACCCUGCACGAUCGGAUGACAGAGCAGCACUUCCCCCAUCCCAUCCAGAGUUUCUCCCCUGAGAGCAUCCUGGAACCCCUCAAUGGCCCUAUCAAUAUACUGGGCGAGGGCCGGCUUGCGCUGGAGAAGGCCAACCAGGAGCUUGGUCUGGCUUUAGACUCUUGGGACCUAGACUUCUACACCCAGCACUUCCAGGAGCUACAGCGGAACCCGAGCACUGUGGAGGCCUUUGACUUGGCGCAGUCCAAUAGCGAGCACAGCCGACACUGGUUCUUCAAGGGCCAGCUCCACGUGGAUGGGCAGAAGCUGGAGCACUCCCUGUUUGAGUCUAUCAUGAGCACCCAGGAAUCCUCAAACCCCAACAACGUCCUCAAAUUCUGUGAUAACAGCAGUGCAAUCCAGGGAAAGGAAGUCCAAUUCCUACGGCCUGAGGACCCCACACGGCCAAGCCGUUUCCGGCAACAGCAAGGUCUGAGACAUGUUGUCUUCACAGCAGAGACUCACAACUUUCCCACAGGAGUAUCCCCCUUUAGUGGUGCGACCACUGGCACAGGGGGCCGGAUUCGAGAUGUCCAGUGCACAGGCCGUGGGGCCCAUGUGGUGGCUGGCACUGCCGGCUAUUGCUUUGGAAAUCUGCAUAUUCCAGGUUACAAUCUGCCCUGGGAGGAUCCAAGCUUCCAGUAUCCUGGGAACGCCUUGGCCUCCCAAAGUGCUGGGAUUACAGGUGUGAGCCACCGCGCCCAGCCUAUGUACAAGUUUUUGGAUGAACAUAUGUUAUCAUUUCUCCCAGGCAUGGAAGUUGUAAAGGUUGGAGGUCCCGUCUACAGGAUUGGAGUUGGAGGUGGAGCUGCUUCGUCUGUGCAGGUGCAGGGAGAUAACACCAGUGACCUGGACUUCGGGGCUGUGCAGCGAGGAGACCCGGAGAUGGAACAGAAGAUGAACCGUGUGAUCAGGGCUUGUGUGGAGGCCCCCAAGGGAAACCCCAUCUGUAGCCUUCACGAUCAGGGCGCUGGUGGCAAUGGCAACGUCCUAAAGGAGCUGAGUGACCCAGCUGGAGCCAUCAUUUACACCAGCCGCUUCCAGCUCGGGGACCCGACCCUGAAUGCCCUGGAAAUCUGGGGGGCCGAGUACCAGGAAUCAAAUGCACUUCUCCUGAGGUCCCCCGACCGGAACUUCCUGACUCGUGUCAGUGCCCGUGAACGUUGCUCGGCGUGCUUCGUGGGCACCAUCACUGGAGACCGGAGAAUAGUGCUGGUGGACGAUCGGGAGUGUCCUGUCAGAAGAAAUGGCCAGGGGGAUGCCCCCCCGACACCCCCGCCAACCCCUGUGGACCUGGAGCUCGAAUGGGUGCUGGGCAAGAUGCCUCGGAAGGAGUUCUUCCUCCAGAGGAAGCCGCCUGUGCUGCAGCCUCUGGCCUUGCCCCCAGGGCUGAGCGUGCGCCAGGCUCUGGAGAGGGUUCUGAGGCUGCCCGCUGUGGCCAGCAAGCGCUACCUCACCAAUAAGGUGGACCGCUCCGUGGGCGGCCUGGUGGCCCAGCAGCAGUGUGUGGGGCCCCUGCAGACUCCUCUGGCAGAUGUAGCAGUUGUGGCACUGAGCCAUGAGGAGCUCGUAGGGGCUGCCACAGCCUUGGGAGAGCAGCCAGUCAAGAGCCUGCUGGACCCCAAGGUCGCCGCCCGGCUGGCCGUGGCUGAAGCCCUCACCAACUUGGUGUUUGCUCUGGUCACAGACCUCCGGGAUGUGAAGUGUAGCGGGAACUGGAUGUGGGCAGCCAAGCUCCCAGGGGAGGGCGCAGCUUUGGCGGACGCCUGUGAGGCUAUGGUGGCAGUGAUGGCAGCCCUGGGUGUGGCAGUGGACGGUGGCAAGGACUCCCUCAGCAUGGCUGCUCGGGUUGGCACUGAGACCGUGCGGGCUCCUGGGUCACUGGUCAUCUCAGCCUAUGCCGUCUGCCUAGACAUCACAGCCACCCUGACCCCAGACCUCAAGCAUCCUGAAGGGAGAGGCCAUCUGCUUUAUGUGCCUUUGAGCCCUGGGCAGCACCGGCUGGGGGGCACGGCUCUGGCCCAGUGCUUCUCCCAGCUCGGGGAGCAGCCUCCAGACCUGGACGUUCCUGAGAACUUGGUGCGUGCCUUCAGCAUCACCCAGGGGCUGCUGAAAGACCGCCUCCUCUGCUCAGGCCACGAUGUCAGCGAUGGAGGCCUCGUCACAUGCCUGCUGGAGAUGGCCUUUGCUGGAAAUUGUGGGCUACAGGUGGAUGUGCCUGUCGCUGGGGUUGAUGUCCUGUCUGUGCUGUUCGCUGAGGAGCCAGGCCUGGUGCUGGAGGUGCAGGAGCCAGACCUGGCCCAGGUGCUGAAGCGUUACCGGGAUGCUGGCCUCCACUGCCUGGAGCUGGGCCACACAGGCGAGGCCGGGCCCCACGCCACGGUCCGGGUGUCAGUGAACGGGGCUGUGGUUCUGGAGGAGCCUGUUGGGGAGCUGCGAGCCCUCUGGGAGGAGACGAGUUUCCAGCUGGACCGGCUGCAGGCAGAGCCUCGCUGUGUGGCAGAGGAGGAACGGGGCCUGAGGGAGCGGAUGGGGCCCAGUUAUUGCCUGCCCCCCACCUUUCCCAAAGCCUCCGUGCCCCGUGAGCCUGGUGGUCCCAGCCCCCGAGUCGCCAUCUUGCGAGAGGAGGGCAGUAAUGGAGACCGGGAGAUGGCCGAUGCCUUCCACUUGGCUGGGUUUGAGGUAUGGGACGUGACCAUGCAGGACCUCUGCUCUGGGGCAAUUGGGCUGGACACUUUCCGCGGCGUGGCCUUCGUGGGCGGCUUCAGCUAUGCAGAUGUCCUGGGCUCUGCCAAAGGGUGGGCAGCUGCCGUGACCUUUCAUCCCCUGGCCGGGGGUGAGCUGAGGCGCUUCCGGAAGCGACCAGACACCUUCAGCCUGGGCGUGUGUAAUGGCUGUCAGCUGCUGGCUCUGCUGGGCUGGGUAGGAGGCGACCCCAAUGAGGAUGCCGUGGAGAUGGGCCCUGACUCCCAGCCAGGCCUUCUGCUACGCCACAACCUGUCUGGGCGCUAUGAGUCUCGCUGGGCCAGCGUGCGUGUGGGGCCUGGGCCAGCCCUGAUGCUUCGAGGGAUGGAGGGCGCCGUGCUGCCCGUGUGGAGUGCGCACGGGGAAGGUUACGUGGCAUUUUCUUCUCCGGAACUCCAAGCUCAGAUUGAGGCCAGGGGCUUGGCUCCACUGCACUGGGCAGAUGAUGACGGGAACCCCACAGAGCAGUACCCUCUGAAUCCCAAUGGGUCCCCAGGGGGCGUGGCUGGCAUCUGCUCCCGUGAUGGCCGCCACCUGGCUCUCAUGCCUCACCCUGAGCGGGCCGUGAGGCCUUGGCAGUGGGCGUGGCGACCCCCUCCAUUUGAUACUCUGACCACCUCCCCCUGGCUCCAGCUCUUUAUCAAUGCCCGAAACUGGACCCUGGAAGGGAGCUGUUGACUGGCCACAGGGGCUCACCUAGGUCCCAUGGUUUUUCCCGUGAGUGUGUGCUGCCCUCUCCCCCAUGACUUUCAGGAGCACCCCAUGUUAUUUCCAAAAGCAUCUUGGACAGACAAGGACCAAAAUACAAAAUCUCAGCGGACUCAAUGAUCUGCCUGCUGAUGUUCCUCCGCGGCUGUGUCUAUUUUCAGUUCUGCUCUAACAUGGCAUUCCCUUUCUCAGCCCAGGAAACAGCAUGUGGUUCAGAGAAAAGAGUGACAAGGAAAAGUUAGGACUCCUGAGGUCGGAGCAGGAGCUUCUGUUGCCCGCUUCACAACACCCAGUGAUCACCGGCAUGCAUUUGCCUCCUUGGCUCUGAGGGAUGUUUUGCGCUCCCUUUUCUCAUUAUUGGGGUUUAGGAGGUACAGACAAAUUCAGCAGUAGUGUGCAGAUCAGCCCCUCACCACCUCAUUGUUCUCAUCUGGAACUGAAACUUUCUGGAUUUCUCUUGUGCUACACUGUACUGAAUGGAAGGAAUUGUUGCUUGUGGAAGUUUCUCAGCGUUUCUGGCUGUCUCAGGGUUGGCCUCAGAACCCAGCAUUCCUGAUAUUUGCUUCUAAAUUAGCAGCUCUUUUUAUUUUAUUUUUUGAGACAGUCUCACUCUGUCACCCAGGCUGGAGUACAGUGGUGUGAUCUCGGCUCACUGCAACCUCUGCCUCCCGGGUUCAAGCGAUUUUCCUGCCUCAGCCUCCCGAGUAGCUGGGAGUACAGAUGCCCACCACCACACCCAGCUAAUUUUUGUAUUUUUAGUAGAGACAGGGUUUCACAAUGUAUCCCAGGCUGGUCUCAAACUCCUAACCUCAAGUGAUCCACCUGCCUUGGCCUCCCAAAGUGCUGGGAUUACAGGUGGGAACCUACAAUCCUGUACGUGGCCCAGCAGCUCUCUUUCUGAUAGAUGUGGUUGAUGCUCUCAUCCCUAGAUCCUAACCCUUUAGUAUGCUGGAAUUCUACUCUUCACUUAUUCCAUUAACUAUUGUUGAUUAGUUAUUAUUUCAAAGCAGUGUCACUGGCCUCAGGGAGUUUAUGUGUAAUAGAAUUAAAAACAAUAGCUGUGUAUAACACUUACCUCAAGCCAUGCAUGUGUGAGGCAUUUUGUAUGCUGGAAUUCUACUCUUCACUUAUUCUAUUAACUAUUGUUGAUUAGUUAUUAUUUCAAAGCACUGUCACUGGCCUCAGGGAGUUUAUGUGUAAUAGAAUUAAAAACAAUUGCUGUGUAUAACACCUCAA